UAUACUGGGUAUAAAAUUCUUUUUUUUUUAUGCGAAUGUUGUUGAUAUUUUAGAGGAAUUAUUAUGUAACUAUCGAUUUAUAUAUUUGUAACUAGAAAAUAAAAAAACUAACAUAGAGGGGCAAGAAAGUAUAUACAGUUGUGUUGUGCUGGUAGAUUUUUUUCAUUACAUUACAAUUUAGUUUAGUUUUUUUUUUUUCGUUUAAAGGCGAAAACUAUAACAGUUUUAGUACAAAUAGACAGAGUGCAGUUUAGUAAAGAAAAGAAAAAAAAAAAAACAUGUUACUAAUAGAUAUUUGUUUAUGUUUAAGAUACAUGUAAUAGCAACGUCAUAUAAAACUCAUCAGCUAACAACGUAGAAAUCAACCAACCAUUUAAUAAACAUUUAUCUAUUACUCCCACUCCUGCUACAUCUCUUCUUCACUUGUUUUCUUUUGGUUUUAGAAAAAAACAAAAAAAAAGUGAAAAAAUUAUAACAUUUUAUAUGUCAUAAUACAACAUUAACUUUAACUAAGCAGUACUUAAAAUAUAACUAAAUUUUAAAACGAAUUAUAAAUGUUAAUUAAAUAAAUUAGUUUAAAAUUAAACAACUCUAUUAAAUGUUAGUUAAGCUAUUUAAAUUUGUGUUUUAAAUUAAACAUUUAUAGUUUGUUUAGCUUAUGCUGUAAAAUUUUAAAACAAAACCUUAGACCAUGUGACCAGUCCUUUAGAGGUCUUCCAUCAUAUGCUAUUACUUUAACUCACUUUUAACUCACUCUCUAGCUAACUCUCCCUUAAACAUAAUAUCUUAAGCAAGCUAAAGCUUAGCAUCAUCAUCAAUUUAGUAUCAAAAUAAAUUGAACUAAUUCAAAACCCAAAACGAGAUUAUGCGAAAUAUUUAAUAUAACUCUAAAUGUUCGUUAUUAUUCUCUUCAAAAAUUGCAAAAUAUAAUUAAUAUAAACAUCAAAUUAUAUAUAAAAUCUAAAUGUUAUUUAGCAUAUUUGUUAAUGUGAACGUGUUAAAAAUUUUUAGGUAAAUUAUAUAGUAAGAAAUAAAUCCAUUUUUUAUAAUAUUUUUUUAAUUAUUUUAAGUAGUCUUUUUUUAGUUAGUUUUUUACCAAAACUUAUUUAUCAUAAUAUGUAAAAUACCGAAUUUAAAAAAAAAAUUCCACAAUCAUUAAAAUUCCCCCCAAAAUAACAUACAAACCAACUGGCUGUAUUAUAUAAAAACUAGAGAUCUUUUUAGAGCAAAAAAAUUCCCUUUCAGUAUGCACUUCUUAACUUUUUAGAGAGUUCUUUUUUGUAAGCAGCACUUUAUACUCUUUUAUUUGUGAUUUAUUAAACUCAAAUCCAAAAUAUUAAAAUCUGUUUAAAUUAACAAAAAAUUCCGUGUUUGGCAUACAAAAUUGUACAUGUCAUUUUACAACAAUAAUAACAUUUAACUGAACUCCCUACUUUUAAAAUAUAAGACCAAACUUCCUAUCUCUCUAUAACUCUCUCUCUCUCUCUCUCACUUUUUACAUCUGUCUGCUAAUUUCUCUUAAAACAAAAUCAAAUUCAAACAAAUCAAAAAAUUAUUAUCACCCUUGUCUCUAGACCAAACCAACACUUGCUCCUAGUAACUUCCAGCUUUUAGAGAAAGUUUUAAAACUUACUCUAAGCUUUAACAUAUUGUAGACUUCUCUCAAAGAAACCCCUUAAAAACAACAACAAAUUUUUUACAUAGCUAAAGUAACUAUUUUUAAAGCAAAUACUAUAACUACUUAGCCGGGUAACUCAAACUUAAGUUAGCUUUAUAUUUUACACACACACACUCUACAAAUUUAUAAAGAAAAAAAACAAAAAAAAAAAAUAAAUAAACAACAAACUCAAACACAAUGUAUGCGGCAGCGGGCGGUGCCUCGUUGGCCUCACGUCAGGCCCGACAACGUCAGCGCCAGCAAAAGAAAACCCAACAACUUCAAGCGAAACUACAUCCACCGAAGGCAGCGGGUAUUGUCCUAGCCGAACAUGGCGCUUCCACGCCCACACGACAUUCACGCCAAUUCCACCAAUUACCCAAUAACUACUUACGUACACCGCAGGCUCAGGCACGCAAGCUUAGUGCCAGUUAUACGGCUCAAUCCAAGCUUCUACUGCCAAUCGAUGAGGGCGACACACAAUCGGUGCUGCACAUGCAAAUGCAUUCACAUGCCCAUGGCCAUUAUACGGGACAUCCGGGUCAUAGUCAUCACGCCCAUAGUCAUGCUCAUCAACAGGGCCAUCAGCAUAUGGGCUCCUAUACGCCCGAUGCCCAGCAUACGCAUCAUCAUCAGCAUGGACGCGUAUCGCCUAGAUUGGUACAUCGUCAUUCGGGCAGCAGUGGCACCAGCUUCCAUUAUACGCACUUGCCGAAAUCGGCCACCGCUACGCUGCCGCUGGUUUCGCAAGUCGAGGCCACACCACCGACGUCGCCAGAGGGCGUGGCCGUCGCCGGCGACCACUUAACAGGCGACACCCCACCUACGAUGACUGGACAGGAGGAGGCCAGCACAACAAUGGCUUUACCUUGCCACGACUCUAUUAUAGUGACGCCGGCCACGCCCAUGGCUUCGCCCGGUCAUGUGGCCAAACCGCGCGAUGAACUUUCCGAUGCUGCAGCGGAAAAACAACCCCUAACCGCCGCCAUUGAUUCAUGCGAUGACGACGAACACAUGCAGCCACCCACCGGUCCUCUCGAACGCAAGUGCAGUGUCUAUCGCAUGCGUCGUAGUGAUGCUUUUGAAUUGGAUGCUGCCGCCGCCUCUGCAGUUAGUGGCGUUAAGCGUCAAUUCAAAGAACUGCAAUUCAAUCAGCAACAUCAACAAUAUGAACCCUUACUCACCGAUGAUCCUCAUAUUAUCUUCCGGGGCGGUCGUAAGGUUCAAUUAUGCGCCUACUGCGAAGAAGGUAUUUGCGUCUGUGAACAUAUUGAGUGUGCCCAGGGAAGAGCUGCCUGGUUGGAACGUGGACGUCGUUGCAGUGUCCAAGAAAGUCAACAACAAGCGGCAGCUUGUCACCGGCGUUGGGUAAAAAGAAAUAGAAUACAAGAUGCCUCCUUGGGCGGUUCUUCGGAUGAUGAGGACUUUUUGGGAGUUCUGCGUGGUCCAAGCACUUUUGCAAAUGCUUUUUUAUAUGUUGGUCUGGGAACAAUAGCACUUGGUUUAGUUAUAGCAUUUGUAGGUACUGGUGAGAAAGGCUUCAAAACAGUGGAAUUGCGUCUAAUUGGGCCAUCACUUAUAGGCCUUGGAUUCAUAUGCUGUAUGUUACGAAUAUUAUUUUGCAUAUGUCCCUCCCAUUGUAUAUCAACGAAGAAGAAUGCGCGUAAGAAAAAUGGCAACAAGAUCGAUGCCGAUCACACCACUUCACUACUGAGAGGAGAAAGUAAACGAGUUUCGAUAGCUCGAGGUCCUGGACAACAGCCAAGAUAUCCCAUUACACACAAAAGAUCGAAUAGCAAAAUGCUUAAUGAGGGCAUGGAAGCUUUGAGACAAAUCGCCACCACCUCAUUGUUUAUGCAAAAUGAACAGAAACCCAUGACGAAUCGCAUUGUUCCCAUAAUCAAAGAACCGGAAAAUGUUAAUGCUGAUGCAAAUGAAGCCACCAACGACAAUAAGAAACCCUUAGAAACAUUGUCCGCCAUGGACAUGUCCCAAGAGCAAAAAGCAAAUUCAAGCCCUAAAGCAGCUAUUGAUAAAGAAUUAACAACUACUAAUACUGCCGUUUUUAAAGCACCUUUAAAAGAGACAGAGGUGGAGGAGGAAGAGGCGAAAGACUGCUCAGUAGUAGUGAGUGCGAGUAGUGGUUUCAGCAACAACAACAACAAUAAUAAACUAUCACGUCAACGUACUGCUGUUCAUCAACCAACAACAACUUCGGUACAUUUGCUGGGACAACAGAAUGAUAGUAACCAGCGGCAGGAAAUGGAAACAUCAUUGAUGUUUAUUAGAAAUCCUAAAAUCACCAACGAAAUGCUUUCAUCGCCACAACCUCCUCUGCCAACGACAACAACAUCAGCAGCAACAACUACAAUGGAUGCAGCUAUUUCGUCUUUAAAUUAUUCCAAAGCCGACAACAGUCUUAUACCGCCUAUACAUGGACCCAGUAGUAUGGCGAAAAGUAGUUUACUGACUGCCAGGCCUCAGACAAAUGGUUUAACAGCCGCCACCAGCAGUAAUACAAAUACUGCUAGCACUUAUGCCGCUGCACUGGCGGCUGCCAUUUCUUCCCGCGGUAAUACAGAACGAUCAGAAGGCCUGGUACGUGGUCCUCUGGGUAUGCCCAUGCAUGUGCUUGCUGCCUCAUCCUCUACCUAUGCCUUACCAGCCUCGGCACCCAGUGUUUGUCUGGUAAAAACCUCUACAUCCGCACCACUUCCAGCACCCUCAACAGCUCCCUCUAUACUCAGCAGCACAACAACAUGCGAUAGCAACACAUCCCAUCAUCAGCAAACUAUACCCGGCCAGGUGGUACAGGAUGUCAACACUUUGUGUCAUACACUAACAACAACUGUGCCAAAUACCAAAGCAACUGGCAGUGAAAGCAAUUAUAGCGGCACAACUUUAAAAUUCCCCGCAACAACAAUGUUAUCUUCCACAUAUUCGGGUAGUUCUUCUACACUUUCGCCGAACAGUCUUAUAGGCUCCACAUCAUUUACCACGCCCACCACUCUACCCACUACCGGCAGUAAAUACGAGCCGGAACUCUUGCUAAGUCCAGCUAAGCUUGGUCAGUGAAUGAACGAACAAACGAAUGCAUAAUUGGUUAACUAUUAAACCUAAGAGUUAGAGUUAUUUGCUGUAAGUAUUAUCAGUGUUUUAGAGAAAUGCCAAAAAGACAAAAAAUAAGAAAAAAAUUAUCCACUCUAUGUGUAUAGAAUAUUAAGGGAUAAAUAGCAACUGAGUUAUGCUCCUCAACAUAUUGUAUUAAACAAUCAUUGUUUUAAUUUUCAUGAUUAAUUUUUAUGUAUUUUAUUUUAUAGUUUAAUUAAGUAGAACUAAUUAUUCCUAUUCCCAUGACAUACAAAUUUAAAAAAAAAGGUCUGGUCAAAAAGCAAAAACAAAAGAAAAAAGAAAUGCUUUAUUGGAAAAGUGGUCUUCAGAGAAUUUUUGAUAAAAUGUUAUACUAAACAUAAACAUGAAACUUAUUAUGUACUAAUAUUAAUUUGGGUUGAUAAGCAAAGUUAUUAAAAAAGUUUUGGGGGUAUUUAAUUUAUAUACAAAAAGAAAAACGAAAUUAAACCUUAAAUUGUUGUUAAUCUCGGAAAGGUGCUUUUUAUAUCAGAAUUUAAUUAGAUACGAAUUUAGAUAGAAAUAUUAUUUAUAAGGUCAUCAAACAUACACAACAUUUACAAUUUGGCAUUAACAUUUAGGGCUUUAAUUAAGACAUUAUUUUUUAGAUUUUAUUUAAAACCAGCAAAGUAAUUAGGAAGUUUGCAAUUUUCUGCAUCAAAGUUUCAAGUUUUGAUACUUCCACAAGAUUAAUCUAUAAUUAUAAAGGGCAUGUCAAGAGAUGAAGUUAAGUGUGUCUGUCUUGAAGUUGAGCAGGUGCUCAGGGAAACCCUUCUACACUGAGCAUUCCCGAAAAGUUCCCGCUGAAUUAGAAAUUUACAGCAGGAUAGUAGAACACCAACAAUUGACUCAGUUUCUUUCAUUUGUAAGCAAUAUUAUUCCCUGGAACAUUCGAAUGACCCUAGUUCGCCAUAUUGUCAAUCAGUGUAGAUAUUGAGCGAUCUAUUUACUGAAUGAAAUGAGUCAGUCGCUAUCGACACUGUGAAGUUCUUGUUAGGAGAGGAGUAGUCAAUGUUGCCGGUUAUGUAGAUCGUGUUACCCAAAAGGGAUGCAUGACUAAACUCAUUUUUCCUAUGUGGUUAAGAAGUUAACUUUCUAAAAUCUUUCAGUUUGUAGGCAGAAUCGAGUUAUUCUAUCGAACAAUCUUGAUCAAUAACAUUCUUAUAAUCUUCCUAUUAAUAUCAUGAAAUUUUCAUUUGCUAAAUUAUAGAAAUAUUUUCUAAUUGUAAAUAAUCAUUUUAUUUUAGUCGUAAGGCGUUAAUAAAAAGUUGAACUCUUAUGUUUUUUUUAAUAAAUCAGCAUAACAAAUAAAAACAAUUUAAGCCAAUCCAUAGCAAAAAGUUUUUAUUAAACAAAUUUCUAACAAUUCUCAUAACACAAACACGAAUUUACUCCAGCUGUUUAUUUCAAUUCAUAAGCUACAACUCUGCCUUAGAUUUUUCUUUAAUUUAAAUUAUAAAUAAUUAUUUUUCAAAUUUAAAUGACCAGAUCUUCUCCCAAUUACAUUAAUACAAUAGAAAUUAAAAAAAAAAAUCAAAUAUAAUUUAAGUACAUAUUUAAAAUCAUAAAAAAAUGUAGCGAAAAAACAAACUGAUAUUGAAAUUGCAAAUAUGAAAGUAAACAAAUUCGUAAAAAAAGAAAAUGUUAACAGAAAUAUAUAAAUGAAUGAAUGGUAGAAAGUACUAUGUAUCUAUUUAUCUAUAUUAUUAAAAUAUAUAUUUAUAAUUAUUUAUAUGCAUAAAUACAACCACAAAAGAAGGCAGUUGUUAACUGAAUUAAAUAAAUAAUAAACAAACAAAAGAUAAAAAAUAAAUAACGAACAAAAACUGUUAUGUAUGUGUAUAGUUUAUGUAAAUUUUAUUAUUAUUAUUAUUAUAUUAUUAUUUUGUUAUUUAUGUAUGUAUGUCGAUUAUGUUAAAAAAAUGAAUUAUAAACUGUAUUGUAUUAUUAAAUAAAUAAAAAUUAUUAAAUGGUGCAUAAAUUCUCGAUAAUGUAGAUAAACUCUAGUGUUCAUAUAAAUAGCAUCCAAGUGGGUAUAAAAUACUGAGCCUUAAUGCUUAAGAUAUUUAAUUUUUCAUUAAAUCCUAAUUAUAUGAAAACAAGUGUUUAUCCUGCCUUUUUC